AGUCUUACUUUCCUUGACAAUUUUGCUUCUGCAAUGUUUCUCUUUUGUAUUCCAUUUUAGCUCCUUCAGACUGAUCUAAUAACACGAUAUAGAUCAAAAUCCUAGAGAAAUUCCAAUGGAACAGCCUGAAAAUAGCAGAGAUUCUAGCAGAAGGCGCUUAUGGAUGUACUCGCGCUUUCCUGAUAAUAUAUUCCAAGAUUCAAGCAGUUCGGAGGAUGAAUUACUCAUUCACGGAGAGAGAAUAAGAGGCGACUCUCCUAUUGAGCUAACUAGAGCUCAGAUCCAAAACCUUGACUCUAUUUUUCAGAGACCUUCGAGAUUGUUCAGAUCUGAGUGUCCCUUGAUGAAGAAAAUUAGAAAAUUAAGUGUGAAAAUUACCAGAGAGCAUUCUGAAGACAUUCUUCGAUUUGAAAAAUGUCAAAAUUUGCCAAUCAGGGAUAAAUUCCUAGUUUACAUGCUUGAACUGGGAAAGAGUUCCUCCACAAAUAACGCUGAUCUCAUUUGAUUCUUGAAAAUUAUGAAAUCCCUCCCUAACAGAGUGAAGAUUAUGAAGGCUAUCAAGAGGUUAAGUCCUAUUUCAAGACUUUCUGAUAACAUUAUUCUGAUAUGCCUUCGAUUACUUGAAUAUAAAUGAGAGGCUCAGGAUUCUGCCAUUGAUAAGGAAAACUCCCUAAAGCAGCUGCCGUACCUCCUUGAGAAUUACAAGAAAAUAGACUCAGAUAGAUAUAAGAAGAUGUAUCGCAACAUGAAGAGACUUUACCUCCCAGAAGAUUAUGGAAUCUCAUCUACCUUGGAAGAGAAAGUAGAUGAGCUUAAGCAGAAGCUUAAAGGGCUUAAAGAGACUCCUGAAUGCAUUACUAGAGAGAAAUUUUAUAGUUAACCU